AUGGGCUCUUCAACUCUUACUCAGGUUGACAGGGAGAAUCACAACACCCUACAGACUUUGAUAGAAAUGGAUCGAAUUCGUCGACGAGCCCAGCUUACGUCUGUCGCGCUUCAAGAGACCGAUCGAUGGAGUCUCAAUGUACAUAUUUUUGAAUCCAUAUUCAAAUAUGAAGACGUGAACCAGUCUGCUCUUAGUGAGACUCCUGAUUACGAAGAUCGAAUUCAACUAUUGACAAAUUUUCAGGAUAAGUUGGAAUCUCUAGUAGCGCCUAAACUUUUACAAGCUCUAGAAACUUCAGCUGCUUUGCAAGAAGGCGAAGAGGAUUUAAUUACUCCAAAGUCAUCAUUACGGAGUCUUACGAGAUUGCGACAGCAUGUGGGCGGGGAUAUUUCGAAUCAAAUUAAUUGUGAUUCCAAAACUGAGGGACCCAAGGAUGAUAAUGAAGAAGAUCAAGACGAAGAGCAAGAUGGAGUUGAUCGUCGAGACGUCGAGGAAUUAGAUAAAUAUGGCUUUGUUUUGGGUUCUUCCUCUAAGCCACAUCAUCUCAUAAGCGUGCUUUCGCGGAUUGGGCGCAGACAGGCAGCAGAGAAAUAUUACCUUGCCUGGCUAAAAGACCAUAUAUCUUCAUGCUGGAAAGCCCAAGUGGCCCAGAUUCCGGGGCUUUCAAGGUCCGAGAGCCCUUCAAAAAAAAUUUCAUUCUUAGUUGGUGACUGCGAAAUUGAGUCGGCAUCUGGUCAAGAGGUCUUUAUCUAUGCGGAUUUCCUUGAUUGCGUUCAACGUCUUUUUGUUCGUCAGAUUAUUUUCAUUCCCCAAACCAAGCUCGCAUCUGAAUUAUUUGUUGACGACAGCCCAUCAGCUUGUCUUAACUCGGAUGAAAAGGAUAAACAACAUUUUGAUCAUCACCAGCUUCUCCCCUCCACCUAUUCAAUUUUUUCCGGUGAACCUGGUUUAUCAUUACCAUCAUUACCGGUCGAGUCAACUGAAACUUCCUCUUCCCAGCCGCAUCCCGCCCAACCAAUCCUACUUGGCUUCACCACUGGUCUUACGAGUUUAGGUGAAACUGAAGAUUCCCCAUUGCGCCAAUUCGUCAAAAUUCUUUUAGAUGACAGCUCACAUCGCUCUGCCUGGGACCGUCUUGAUUCAUUAGCAAGCAUGCUAAAAACAGGCAGCAUCCUGGCAUUCGGCAUUUGGAUUUAUUCUUCUUAA